CCCUCAUUCCGGCUUCCGCCUUCUCCCUUCCGCCCUCGGGAGCCCCGUUGGCACUUGGCUGUGGACGCAAUGGCGGUGGUGCCGGCGCAGUCUCUGCGGGUGUCGGAGAUCCGGGACCCGGGCGCGCUGUUCGAGCGCUACCACACGGAGGAGAUCCGGGCCAUAGAGCGCCGCGUCCGAGGGGAGAUCGAGCAGAAAAAGGAGGAGCUCCGGCAGAUGGUGGGCGAGCGGUACCGAGACCUGAUCGACGCCGCGGACACGAUCGGCGAGAUGCGGCAGUGCUCGGAAAGCGUCGUGCGCUCCAUCCAGGACAUGUACCGCUACUGCAGCGCGCUGAAACAGGGCAGGAGCCUCUCGGCGGCGGCGGCGGCGGCGACAGGCAGCGGCAGUAAACUGCAUGAGCAGACCCAAAGGCAGUCGCAGGAGAAGUUCUACCGCAUGGCCUCUCAGAUCAAGCUCCUGCUGGAGAUCCCUGAGGGCAUCUGGAGCGCCAUGGAGUCCUCUCAGUAUCUGCGCGCCACGCAGCUCUACCUGCUCUGCUGCCACCUGCACAGCCAGCUGCACCUGGAUGGCGGCGGCCCGCAAUACAGCCCCGUCCUGGCACGCUUCCCGAUCCUGGUGCGGCAGGUGGCCGCCGCCGGCCACUUCAGGUCCACCAUCCUGCUGGAAAGCAAGUCGCUCCUGCGUGGCCGGGCCGUGUCGGACCAGGCGAUCGCGGACGCGUUGGUGUCCACCAUGCUCCUGGAGGGCAGCUCGCCGAGACAGGCGCUGGCCGACUUCCUCCUGGCCAGGAAGGCCUCCAUACACCAGCUGCUCACCCAGCCGCAGCACGGCGCGGGCAUCAAAGCCCAGGUGUGCUCUCUGGUGGAGCUGCUGACCACCACACUGUACCAGGCCUAUGCUGUGUUUUACCUGCCUCCGGAGGGAAAGCAGCUGGACCCCUGUUUGAGCUGCGGCCUGCUGUUCUCCACCCUGGAGGGUGUGACCUCCGCCCCCUCAGCAGGUGAACCUCAAGGUCGAGGUAAGAAGGUGCUGCUGGAGGAGAUGGCUACCGGAAGCUGGUUCCGGUAUCUCCCGUCCUCCGUAGUGGAGUUCCAGCCCAGCCUGCGCUCGCUGGCUCAGCCCAUACAGAGGGAGCAGCUGCGUGACUCACUUCAGCAGUGGAUCGACACGUGUAAGGAGGACAUCCGGGAUGGAGUCAGCAGCCUCUUGGUGUACGUCAAGAGCCUGAAGGGGCUUGCUGCCAUCCGUGAUGCAGUCUGGGACCUGCUCACCAGUGACUCCAUCAGCCAGAACUGGAGUGUGGUGUGCCAGCGAUUGCUAGAGCACCCUCUAGCCUUCUGGGAGGACUUCCUGCAGCAGCUCUUCCUUCAGCGCCUACAGGCUCUCACACAGGAGGCCAUGGAGGGCAUCUCCUCCAGCUGCAGGCAGCUCCUCGCCACAUCACUGCGCGAACUGGAGACCCAGGCUCCGCCAGGGGCAACCAGCAGGGCGGCGAUGUUGGAAGGUGACGUGGCCUCCUUCCUGUGGGCAGAGUCACCCGGGGACCUGCCGAGCGAUGCGGCGUGGGUGAGCGCCUCGCUACGUGGCUCGUCCGCCUCCCAGCAGCCCAGUGGCCUCUCUAUGAAGGCACGGGCCAUCACCCCCUGUGUGCAGAGCUUCUGCGCUACCCUGGACUCUAGGCUGCGACUGCAGCUUGAUGACCUCCAACACUACCUGCCGUCGGAGGACGGCGGCACGAACGGCAACUUGCCGUCCUCAUCGAGGGCAAACCGGUUCACGGAUGCGGGAGUGGUGGAGGAGACGCUGCGGCAGCGCUGUCUGGUUUGCGUGCGGGAAGUCGUGGCAUGCGUGCGAUCGGAGCUGGCGGCCACGCGCAGCUUCCCUGACGGCCCCACCGCACACGUGCUCUUCAUGGCCAGACUGUGCCAGUCCAUGGCCGUCCUCUGCCCCAACCUGAAGCAGUGCAUUCUGGGUAAGCAGGGCACCAGUGACAACGCACCGACGGUAACUCCCCGUCAAGGUCGGAAGCUGGCAAAAGGGAGCACCAAAGCAGCAGAAGUGAGCCCCGCUCAGGUGGCAUGGGUCAGCCUCAAGGAGGAGCUGCUCUCCUGCAGCAUGGAAGCGUACCGUGUUUGGAGCACCGCCCUCUCCAAGGAGCUGGUGGGGCGCUUCAGCACCAAGCUGCAUGCCCACACGCCCGGCUCCAUCCUGGAGACGGCCACGAGCUGGGAGGAGCUGGAGAUCCAGGAGGAGGCAGAAUCAGGGAGCAGCGUCACCUCCAAAAUCCACCUACCUGUCCAGCCAUCAUGGUAUGUUCAGUCACUGCUCUUCCAUCUGUGCCUGGAGGUGAACCGGGUCGGGGGUCACGCCCUGCCCAGGCUCACUCUACAGGAGCUGCUGCGUACCUGCAUGGAUCAGGUAGUGAGCGAGUACGAGAAGCUCAUCCAGGAUGCUCAAAACAAGGAUGCUCCUUCAUCCGUGACCCAGAAUCGUGCCCUGCAGCUGCUGUUUGACAUACGCCACUUCGGUGCCGCCCUCAACAUGCGGCUGGAGGAUGGCAAGGCUCCUCGACACGCCCAGGACCCCAGGGUCCUGAAAGUUUGCGAUGGCCUGGAGGGUUUCAUCGACCCGUUUGACCUGGACGUGUUCACGCCACACCUGAACAGUAACCUGACACGCCUGUCACAGAGGACCUCGGUCCUUCUGGGCCUUUUGUGUGGCCCUGAGAGGCCCUUCACUCCCCGGGCCAGCAGCAUCAGCUCCCAGGAGCACUCAAACAUCCUGCCCCUUGCGAGCAGCCAGAUCCGGUUUGGCCUACUACCACUCAGCAUGUCCACGGCACGGAAGACCAAGGCAACCGCCAGGGGAGCGGACGUCACUCGACCUUUGGUCACACCCACCAGUCCGGCUGCAGAAGAGACCUUCCGGCCAGGGAACCUGUUCCGACAACUGGCGAAUCAGGAGGAGGAAGCUGCCGCACCCUCCCUCUUUAAACUGGGCUGGCUCUCGGGCAUGUCAAAAUGAACUUUUUUAAAAAAAAAAAAAAAAUCUUUUGUGGGGGAAUUUUAGCUUGUAUAAAGACUGUAAAAUACACAGGUGUUAAUACAUUAUGGAAUAUAAGA